UAAUUCCAUGUUUAAAAAUCAUAUCCUCUAUCCUCUUCUUGCAGCUCAUCAAGAAGCACAAAUGUCGUCCAAGAAGCAAUCUUUUUUCAUUAUCUUCGUCUCUUUGUUCUUCCUUUUCUCAUUCCUGGAGCUAAAUAAAGCUAACCCAUCAGUUUUCGUCACUCCAUCUCCACCUUCGUCCAUAGUAUCAGGGGGUUACUGGAAGCUCCUACAAUCAAGCAUAGGUAUCUCCGCCAUGCACGUCCAACUCCUACCAAACAACAAAGUUAUCAUCUUUGACCGAACCGACUUCGGCCCUUCCAAUCUCUCUUUACCCUACGGCACCUACUGUCCUGGAAGCGACUGCACCGCUCACUCCGUCCUCUACGACGUCGAUUCCAAUACUCUCCUUCCUCUCCGCCUGGUAACCGACACUUUUUGUUCCUCCGGUUCCCUGGACCACGAUGGCACCCUCGUCCAAACAGGUGGGUUCGCCCAAGGUGAUCACUUGAUCCGCACCUUCACCCCAUGCGACUCUUAUGAUGAUUGCAACUGGAACGAACUCAACCAAACUCGUCUCGUCGAUCGUCGAUGGUAUGCUACUAACCAAGUUUUACCGGACGGGAGAAUCAUCAUUCUUGGUGGUAGAAGGGUUUUCACCUACGAGUUUUACCCUAAAGAUGACUUCCUUAACAAUAACAAAAGCACUUACCUUCAAUUCUUGGUGGAAACUCGGGACCCUGAUGAGAACAAUCUUUACCCUUUCUUGCAUUUGUUACCAGAUGGAAAUCUAUUUAUUUUCGCCAACAAAAAGUCAAUCUUGUUUGAUUAUAGAAAAAGCAUUGUUCUAAAACAGUUCCCUCUAAUUCCUGGAGAUGAUAAGAGAAAUUAUCCUAGUACCGGCUCUUCCAUCUUGCUUCCAUUGAGGUUGUCUUCAACGGGCCCACCUGUGGUGGAGGUGCUCGUGUGUGGAGGUGCACCGGCCGGGGCGUUCUUGAAGGCGGAUAAGAUGAAGGUUUACGUAGAAGCAUCGAGGACAUGUGGCAGGUUGAGAGUGAACGACCCAGAGCCGCAAUGGCUCAUGGAGUUCAUGCCCAUGCCACGUGUAAUGCCAGACAUGGUACUGUUGCCUACUGGUGAUGUAAUCAUUAUCAAUGGCGCGGCAAACGGGACUGCAGGUUGGGAAGAUGCAGUAAACCCGGUUCUCAACCCGGUUCUUUACUCGGUGAACGAGGAACCUGAUCGGAGAUUCACUGUUUUGUCCCCGUCAAAGAUACCAAGAUUGUACCAUUCCGUCGCAAUGCUUCUCCCAGUAGGCAGUAUAUUAGUGGGGGGUAGCAAUCCGCAUACUAGCUACGUAUAUACAGGAUUAUACCCAACCGAGCUGAGCUUGGAGGCUUACAACCCCUACUACUUGGAUCUGAAAUUCAACUCGAUAAGGCCAUCCAUUAUAUCGGUGGAGUCGUCGGGGAGUUCCGUAUUAUACGGGCAGAGAUUCGGGAUUGCCUUUUCGCUGUCGCUUUACAAGCAGGGGGAGGCGUUUGCGGCGUUGAUUUCGCCUCCGUUUACGACUCACUCGUUCGGGAUGAACCAAAGGAUGGUAGCUUUGAAAACGGCGAGCGUGGUUCAAUUGACGAUGUUCGAGUACAAGCUGCAGGUGUACGGACCCAUCAAUGCCAACGUGGCACCUCCUGGUUAUUAUAUGUUGUUUGUGGUCCACUCUGGUAUUCCUAGUCACGCCGUUUGGGUAAAGGUAACGUGA